GGAGGGGCGUUGUCAUCGAGAUGUCCUUCGACUACAGCUCGGGGAAAAGAGUGAGAGAGCAGAUCAAACCGGAGAGCAUCAGAACAGCCACUGGACGCAGCAAUAUCAGAUUAUUUCUUACAGUUGAAAGACAAACGCUGGUGAAAAUGGGCGUGUCCAGAGUUCUGCUCGGCCUCGCCUGCCUCGAUCUAUUGGCUGCUGCUGUGAUGAGUCACGAGGGGGCGUGUCUUCAGGACGGGAGACACAAAGCCACGCCCAGUCCUGAGCCCCGUCUGAAAGACUGCUCGCUCUACACAGAGAAUUCAUGUUGUUCUGAGACGGAUGUCCAGGAUCUCUCCGGCUCCGUGGACAACUCUCUCUGGGACAAGUGUGGUCUUCUCAGCCCUCUCUGCGAGUCCUUCCUGAAGCGCGUGGUGUGUUUUUAUCGCUGCUCUCCUGACGCUGCUCGCUGGCCACACCCACGUCAUGACUCCUCCCUGAAGGCGGUGCCUCUGUGCCACAGCUUCUGCAGAGACUGGUACGAGGCCUGUAAACUGGACCUGACGUGUGCUCGAGACUGGGCCACCGACCCAAGAGGACAGAACUGCACCGGCGGCUGUGUGUCUUACCAACAGAUGUAUCAGCACGGGCGAGACCUCUGCGAGAGUCUUUGGGGAGACGCCUUUAUGACGGUUGAGGACGACCCCGGCGAAGAAGACGGUGUCGAAGGCCAUAGCUGCGGCUGUCUGACUCUCAGCCCCUCAGAUCGAGAGGUGAUCGCGGCCCUCAGGGUUCAGGAAGGAGACCCCGAAGAACUGGACACCACCAAGAGCGGCCUGCCCCAGUACAGAGCGCCCUGCCCCCCCGCGCAGCCUCAGACACGCAGCGCCACAGCGCCACCACAGGCCCGGAGGAGCAACACCGUCCUGCGCAAACGCUCCGUUCUGGCCGCCGAUAUGGAAGGCAGUGGAAGCGGCUUCUAGAACAUUUGUGUUCUAGAUCUGCUGAAUGUUUGUUAUCAAGUGUUCUGUUUUAUCUUAUCCGUUGAAUUUUAAAGGAAACAAAUGCAGUGAGCUUUCUACCGUAAUUCUAUUGUCUAUUUAACA